CUGAUAUAUAACAGCUACUUCAUUAUUAUGGGGCUUCAACACGUAAAUCUUAUUCUCCCAACUGAACACGUUGAGCUUCAGCGUAAAGGAACCAAAGGCCAAUCACCCCUGAUUUUCGCUCCACGCUCGCAGCCAGCAAUUGUUAGAUCUCCAUCACUCUGCGCUCGGAGCUCAAGAAAAUACGAUAUAACUGGCGAGAAACGCUUCACAUCCGUCAAUUGUGCCGAUUGAGAGACGUGGACGCUCUAUAAUUCGGGAUCGAGAAUGAAUCUCCGACCGCGAUGCUUCUUCCUGCUCGGGAUUCUUAUUGUCUCAUUCUUCGCUCUGGCAUUGUGCAGGCUGGACGAGUUUGACGAUGAGGAUGAACUCGACGAGUUGGAUCUGACUGAUGUGGAAGAUCUGAACAUGCGUGUGCUUUUGGCCGAGCACGCGCGUGAAUCAAACGCGACGUUGCAGUGGGGCCCAUACCGGCCUAACCUCUACCUCGGCAUCCGUCCUCGCGGACUGCCGGAGUCGUUCCUCGCUGGACUGAUGUGGCACAAUACAGACACGUAUACCGGUCUGCGAUUCACUCGGCACUCGUGCGAGACUGGCCACGACUUCAAGGGCUACGGAUGGGAGGCGUACGACGCCCGUUCUGGAGGCAGGCAGGUUCUGCACGAUGUCGAGAAUGCGGUCGAUAUCUACACCGAAUUUGUCAAGGAUGGCUCGAACUGGGCUCUGAGAGUUCGUGGUGUACCAAAAGAGGCUGAGGGAUCUACCUCUAUAAUCUUCUAUUUUGGUACCCAGGGCUUGUCGACCAGUCGACGAACCAGUCAAUACAGUCAUACCGGCUAUAAAGGCGAUGUCGAGUACGAGGGCGAGAUCUCUUCUCUCGGCCGAUUCAGAAUCGCAGUAACGUACGGUCCGGAGACGAACGAUGCUGCCGAAAACACGCACCCGCUUAGCUACAUGCACCCCGCCGACGCGUGGCAUGCUCGCACGCUGGCUGUCAAUGGUGAUACGAUCUGGCGCUCGAUGGAUUACUAUAUGGCAUUGAUGCAGGAACAGAUCAAAGAAGUCCAGACUGCAUACCCCCGUGAGACUAUGCCGGGACCGGUACCAAUCUUCACGCUGUACGAUACCCCGGAGAGGGACGGAAAUCUGCAUUUCCUCCAGAGAAGCUUCAAGGGUGGAUUCGAGUUUGAUAUCUUGUUUGAGCAGGACGGUGAGGGCGAGAUGACGUCUGAGAAAUUGACUUCUGUGCUUGAACAGAGCAUUGAUGAUUUUGACGAGCGCUACAGCAAAACUUUCCCAGCAGCUGAGCCGUUCACCGAUGCCGAGCACGUUUCAAUGGGAAAAGCACUUGUUUCUAACUUGAUGGGAGGUAUCGGAUACUUCCAGGGUACAUCGUUGGUAGACAAGUCGGACGGGGCUUAUGACGACGAAGAAGAGGAGGAGUUUUGGAAUUACAAAGGACAAUCCGACGUAACAGAGGUUCCCGCGACAGAGCUCUUUUGUACGGUUCCGUCGCGACCCUUUUUCCCCAGAGGAUUCUACUGGGACGAAGGAUUCCAUCUUUUGCCCGUUCUGAAGUGGGACCCGGAUCUCGCGCUGGAGGUCAUCAAGAGCUGGUUCAGUCUCACGGACGAAGACGGCUGGAUCGCGCGUGAGCAAAUUCUGGGCGAGGAAGCGCGGAGUAAAGUUCCAAAGGAGUUCCAGACUCAGUUCCCGUCGUACGCGAAUCCGCCGACGAUGAUGCUGACGCUUGUCGAGUUUAUUGAUGAUGUCGAAAAGUUUGCCUACGCCGAACGUAGGGGAGUCCCCGUUGGCGACAACGAGCAGCAGCAGUUGAUCAACUUUCCUGACUCUUCGCCCCGUUUGGCGUAUUUGCAUUCGCCCGCUAUGGCUCGCGCAGCGCUAAAGCGACUCUAUCCAACACUCAAGAGGCACUAUAACUGGUUUCGACGCACGCAGGCUGCUGAUAUUCGGUCCUGGCACAAUCCAGAUGACGCGCGCCCAAAGUCGUGGACUGAGGGCUACAGAUGGCGAGGACGAACCCCGAACCAUUGCUUAACGUCGGGUCUUGACGACUAUCCGCGCGCAGCGAUGCCUCACCCUGCAGAGAUGCAUGUAGACUUGAUGGCGUGGAUGGGCUCGAUGACGAAGGCAAUGAUCAAGAUAUCGCGAUUUGUCGGCGCGCCCGAGGCCGAUAUCAAGCUCUAUGAGAAGGUUCUUGAGGGAAUUGAGGCUAAUCUUGAAGACCUCCACUGGAGUGAAGAGGACGGCAUGUACUGCGAUCUGACGUGGGAUAUGGAGGAGGACAGACGUGUUCCAGAGUGCCACGAGGGCUACGUCACGCUGGUGCCUUUUAUGCUUGGACUAGUACCAGCAGACAAGAUCGGACGCGUUCUUGACAGGAUUUUGGACCCUGAGGGAGUGUGGUCCGCGUUCGGAAUCCGAAGUCUGUCGAAGCGCGAGCCCGCGUUCGGCAAGGACGAAGAUUACUGGCGCGGAGCUAUCUGGGUGAACAUGAACUACCUCGUUCUGCGCUCGGCCCAAGACUACUACAAGGACGCGCAGACAAGCGCAGGUGAUCGAGAGAAGCUGAAGGAAAUAUACAGUCAACUGCGAACGAACAUUGUGCAGACAGUGUACAAGCAGUGGGAGGAGACUGGGUUUGCGUGGGAGCAGUACGAGCAGAGCGAGGGAAAGGCCAAGGGCGUGAAGCAUUUUACGGGAUGGACGUCGCUGACGACGAUGAUUAUGAGCAUGCCGGCUGAGUUGGGCGGUAAGUAGAGCUGAGUAGAGUAGAAUAAAAGACGCGUCUGAACAUAAACAACAGUUGGUAAAUAGCAGAGCACUGGCCCGGGUCUCGUGCCAGAAGAAAUGAAGUAAAUGAGCUUGGACGCGGCAGGACUACCCCUUCUGUCAGUGACGUCAUUUAGAUGACAUAAUCCAUGAGUCAGUGCGCCACAUGACCCGCGAUGUAGGGUGACGCCCCCCCGGGGCCACGCUGAGUCCCCUCACCAAGUCUCA